CAAAGAACCAGCAGUAAGCUACUUAUGUUAUGAAUAACCAAGAAUAUUGCUUUUUGUUAAACAAGGACACUAUUGUGCUCCAUUACUUAUGAAUGUGAUAUGAGCACUCCUAAGGUCUCUCUGGCUAAAUCUGUGUGUAAAUUCUAGUUGUCAAUUAAGCUCACAAUAAUUUGUACAAAAAUUGCGGAUUGGAAAAUUUAUCAAAAAUUCACACAGAAGUUGGCUAUGCUGCUUUACUAAACAUUAACCACUAAUUCAGCUUAAUUUCUAAACUUCUAGAGCUUAUUUACUUAAAAAUAGUUGCAUUUUAGUGAAUUCUUGCUUCCACCAUUAUUUAGAUUUACAGACUUGGAAAAGGUGAAGCCAUUCUUCCAUGGAUCAGAGAGUGAACAAGAAGCUAUGUCUAAUAAAUCUUCUGAAGAAGACUCCAAGAAGUCAAAUAAGCCAGAUACACAGAAAAAGUCUAUCGAACUUCAUAGUGUGAAUGAAAAUUCUUCCAAAAUCUUGGAAAACGCAUGGAAGUUCGACACAAAAGAGAUCCAAAGACAAAAACUCAGGAAAUAAGCAAGUCAAAAAAGCCUUCAAUAAGAGGUUCAUCAAGAAGAGACCUACUAAAUUACAGGAUAUCCCAGAGACUCGGAGUAAGAGAAGAAGAAAACAUUGAGUUUUACCCAACGUUCGAGAAAAGUCCAAAUGAUUAUGCUAACGUUGAGAAAAGUGUAUCCUCAGACUCUUCAUUAGAGAAGGAGAGUGUUGGACCCCUCCAAAAAGGGUCAGGGAAUAGUUUUAUAAAGCUUUUGCUCAAAAAGAUUAAGAUCGAAGGAGAUAUUAAGAAAUUCAUGAAGUCAAUCAUCACCAAGAAUUAUGCUGACACUCAAGAGUACAACCCAAAGUUCAACUUUUUACGGUGACUGAAAGUCUUCAUUUAUCAUAUGGGAUGGUUCUGUUUUGGCUAUCUCUUCGGAUUGGUCCUCAUAUUGAUCGAAGGAAGGAAUCUUACAAAGAACAUGGGGUUCCUGAUUGGGAAACAGGUAAAACUUGCAGCUCCUCAAACAGUAGCCCACUUCUGCUUUCUUUCAUAUUUAGUUUUAACUUUUAUAAUUCCGAAUAAAAGUUGGUAUGGUGACAAUGGGUGGAGAUUCCUAGUUGUAAUAAUGAUGUGAAGAGCCUUUGUUAUCGGAGUCAGAUACGGCUUCAUGUCAAAGAUGCGGUAUAAACUCCUGAAGUCCAAGGCAAAUUUCGACUGGAUCACUGCAGACUUUUUAUUCUUUGGAUGGCUUGAAUUAACACCCAAAACAUUAAGACAAGAAAUUGCAGCAACUAAGGCUAGGAUUGAAAUCAACGAAGAUGAGUUCGAAUUUACAUUCUCAAAAGAUCUUCCAAAGGCUUUAGACAUAAAGCUAUCUAAAGAUGAUUAUUAUGAAGACUCAAAGAAUAACUCUGAAUUCAAAAAUAGUAUCCAUCUUCAAAAACAAAUUAUUAGUAACAAGAGAAGAGCUUCUGAGAUGUCAUUUGAUGAAGAGAUGACAAUGAUUCAUCAGCCAGAAAUUUCCACUCCUCGAAGAGCUAAUUUAAGAGAUUCUAAAAAGUCUAUUAUGCAGAUUUAUGCUAGAUUCAGACCCAAGGAAAAAGUUAAGAAAUCUGAAUCAAUUGUAAGCAGGAAAUUAUUUAAAGGAGAGCCAAUUCUUAGAGAAAUGGGGUUGUUAGAAAGCACUUUGAAUAGUUCCUUUGCACCUCUUAUAGUGAUUGUUAUUGUCAGACUAAUUCUCCCCACACUAUCCAAUCUGAUCGAAAAUGACUUUAAACUGGGCCUACACUGGUACGAAUACAGUCUUAUCGUGUUUGAAUCUAUAAUCAUAAUGUUGAUCUAUGGAGUUAACCUAACCUUCAUGUAUGCUGGAGUGAUAGACUUCAGAAGGAAGCUUUUCUUUAUGAAAAUCUUGAAUAAUCUGAUUUCACCGAACAAAGAUAAGGAUUUCAUAUUUUCAUCAUAUUUUCCGACCCUAAACAUCUGAAGCAUUAGAAAUUUAAAUAGUUGGUUGCUUCUAAGAGAGGCAGCACUAGACCUGGGUAAGAAGUACACUCAGAGAAUAUUCGUGUACUGCUCAGUAUUCAUGUUCUUCUAUCUAUCCUUGUUUGCUUUGAUAGUCCUCUCCUUACUAAGAUUGCUGAGAUAUGACUUUUCCAUCGGGUUUUAUAUCACCGGAACUUUUGAUGUGUUAGUAAUUUUAGGAAUAAUGCUGACCAUUAUCAGAAUGGGAGCGAAGGUGAACAAAUUUUAUGAUAAACACAAGAGAUCUAUUUUAUGGAUUAAGAAACAAGUAUGGAAAGCAAAAACUAACUAUGGUCUUGUUAUUUCACAGAAAUACUGAAGAUAUUUAAAUCAGAAGAAGUUUGCAGAGAUGCUCCAAAGCAUGAAUUUAAAAAGGAACAAAAGAGAAGAAUAUUUCGACAAACUUCUUGAGCAAAUUGACAUCAUUAAGGAGCAAUUGGAGUUCUCCAAAGAGACGGAUCCUUUAAAACUAAUGGGACUGACUUGCUCAGAUCAACUCCUUGCUUCUAUCUACACUGGACUAGCCUCAAUAGCGUUUGCAUUCUUUCAGUCGUUCUAUCUUGAACUGAGAGAGUAAAUCCGGAAUUUUUAAUAUAAUUGAUCAAUAACGUAAUC